CGCGACGCGAGUCAGCUCCCGCAGUGACGCGACCGCAGUGUCGAAAUCGCGAGAGCGAGCGCGCUCUCCGCGCGCGGCCUGAUAAAGUCCGUGGAGCGAUUCGUCGAAAAAAUGCCCGGCGAAAGAAAAAAGAGAAAAACGCGAAAAGAGGCGUUCGCGAUUCGAGCUAUCGAGCAACUUACGUCACUCGGAAGAUACUCGCCACUGGCCGCGCUUCGCGACCAGCUCGCCUUUUUUUUUUUUCUUUUUUUCUUUUUUUCUUUUUUUCUUUUUUCAACGCCCGCCGCCGUUAUCGCUGUUCCCACGGUUUAUCGCAACGGCGAAUCGAUUGUCGUCAUGUCCAGUACCUCCCCCGUUACCGAUCCAAGCCUCGAUCUCUCUCUCUCUCUCUCUCUCUCUCAUUUUCGUUUCGCGAUGAACUGGCGAGCACAGCGUGGGUUCACCGUGAAUGCGGCCUCCCCCUCCCACUCCCCCACCCCGUCGAGAGAAGAAGAAGAAUCGACACGGGAAGAUUACCGGAGAAACGGACAGACGCGAACGUACGAUCGCGUACGAACUGACUGGAUCGGGGAGAAUCGGCCGCGAGCUCGACGGAACAAAUUCGCGGCGAUAACUAACUAACCGACCGACCGAACGACGGAACAUCGGCGAACGAAACUCCGGACGCGGAAUCGUCGCGGUCGUAGCCGUGGUCGCGAUCACGAUCGCGAUCGCCCCGACCGUCCAGUCACCGACGACGAACGUGCUUCCUGUCACGCGUCAUCCGCGCACUCCAACGUUGCCGACUUUUUUUUUUUUCUUCGGCGGUCGAAGCUCGACUUGACUCGAGUCGAGGAAAAAAAAAAAAAAAAAGUAAAAAAAGAGCAAGAAAGAGAAACGUAGUUGCGCAAAACAAAGGUCGCAAAGGACGAACGGACGAUCCUCAGAGAGGACGGUGCAGCAGCAGCAGCAGCAGCAGCCGCAGCAGCCGCAGCGCGACGAUCGACGUGGACGUUUUCGCGCGGGAAUUCAAGACGUAAAUAGCGAGAGGUCGACUUUGCUCUAAAAUUAUUCGACCGUUCUGUUGACGAUUGGUUCGCCGCGCGGUCACGUAGUCGUCGCGACUAGAACGCGGCUAGAACGUCGUUCGUUGUUCCGUCGGUCGCUUCGUCUCUUCGCCUCUUUCCACUUUCCCAGCUCGAAAAAUCUCGACGCCGGACGUUCGCGAGGCAUUCGACAUGACGUCCGAAGCGGAGACGUCCUACAGGAACCUGUGCUCCCUGGAAACUCUCAGAUCCGGCGGCAAGGGAUUCUUUCGUGAUUUCAGCGAGAACGUGAUCCAAGUGGCCGGCGAGCAGUGGAUCGACAAGGUAUUCGGCCGAUUGACCAGCGACGAGGGCCGAGUCCGCGCCGUCUUCACCGACGUCAAGGUGAAGGACACGGUGCUGGAGACGUUGAACCGAACGGAGAUUCUCUAUCGUGGCAAAGACGCGAGCGUCUCGAGGUCGAAGAGGCUCGAGGGAUUCGAGGCGGCAGCCGCCGGUCGACACCGCGACGCUCUCCUCCUCUUCGGUCAAGCGGUUCUUCGCGCUCCUCAUCUAGGGAAAUGCGACACGGUCGAUCGAGGAUUCGGCUUGCCGCUCGCGCUACUGGGUAGAGCCGAAACAUUCCUCGCCUUGAACCAGCACCAAUUCGCGCUUCAAGAUCUGAGCUUCGUCGAGGAGAUGGACCGCCAUCUUCCGAACGAGUUGAGAACAAUGUUCGCACGAAUCAAGAAGCCGUGCGAGGCGUUCGUACGAGCCAACGAGAAGAGCCUGUUGCCUGUGAAACGAUCGCCGGAAGGAACAGCGGUGACUCGACUGGCCGGCGGCGCGAAUCCGCGACUGCCGACCGCCUCGACCCUGCUGGACAUCGAGGAGACGGAAAAAGCGGGCAAGCGGGUGAUCGCGGCCAAGCCGAUCGAACCGGGCGACACACUGGUGGUGGAGGAGCCGUUCGCGGCCACUCUGUUGCCGGAGUUCUUCGGCACUCACUGUCAACAUUGUUUCUCGAGGUUCGUAGCUCCGGUCGGGUGCCCGGACUGCAGCAGCGUCGCGUUUUGCGGAAGAAGAUGCAGGGACGUUGCGGUCGCCAGUUACCACAAGUACGAGUGCAAAAUUCUCGCGCUACUGAUAGGUUCCGGGAUGAGCGUUUUGAGCAUGCUCGCUUUGCGAAUGACCACUCAGGCCGGGCCAGCCGGUUGCAUGAGGAUUCAUCGCGCGUUAAAUCGUUCGAGUUCCGUGGCUUCGAACGAGCAAGAACAACAGCAGCAACAGCAACAGCAACAGGUUGAGCGAUCGUCGUCGCAGCCGAAACUCAGCAAGUCCGCGAAACGUCGUUUGAGAAGGAAGAAACUCGGCGAUUCGAGGCAUCGACUGCCGUCCAACGAGAGGGAAUCGCCGCAACACGGAAACCAAGCGAGAGAGACCGAGGAGAAACUGGAAGGUGAAGACGACCCGUCUGUGACCGAUUUGCGAGUGUACCGUCUCAUCACGCACGAGAAACGCAGGACGGCGAGGGACUUUUUCGAGAGGUCGUUAAUGGCGGCGUUUCUCCUCAAGUGUUUGCAGCGAGUCGGCUUUUUCGAGGGGGCGACGAAAGACGGAGAGGCGCCCAACGAUCGAGAGAUCGCGGUGGCAGCUCUGCUGCUGAGACACCUUCAGCUGUUGCAGUUCAACGCGCACGAGGUGUUCGAGACGCGACUCGGAAGGGAACAUCAAUUCCGCGGUAGUAGACCCGUCUACGUCGGGGUGGCCAUCUACCCGACAGUUGCCCGCUUCAAUCACGACUGCUAUCCCGCGGUAACCAGGUACUUCGUCGGCCGAUCCAUAGUGAUUCGGGCGACUCGCAGCCUCCGUCCAGGAGACGUGGUCGCUGAAAACUACGGGCCGAUAUUCACGAAGCAAAGCCUGCACGAACGGCAGAGAACUCUUGCCGGAAGGUAUUGGUUUCGUUGCGAGUGUACCGCCUGCCGCGAGGACUGGCCACGCUUCGAGACUUUGACCAACGACAUCGUCAGACUGAAAUGCCCGACCGAGGGAUGCUUGAAGCUGCAUCGACCCCCGACGGCAGAGUCGGACGGUUCGAUCGUCUGCUCCUCCUGCCGACGAAGAGUUCACCUGCGGGAGAGGCUCGAGCGUGUCCGCGAGUGCGAGCGGCUGUACGCCGAGGGAAUCGACGUAAUGGAACAGCACGAACCGGAGAGAGCGUUGAACCUGUUGUUGGAGGCGGCGGCCAAGUUCCAUCGAAUCGCCUCGCCACCCCACAAAGACACCCACUUGGCCGAAAUCGCGGCGAGCGCCUGCAUGGCGCAAGAGGGCAACGUCUAUCGGCCGGAAAUUUCCCCCUGAUUUGCCGAUUUUCUUUCUCUCACACCCUGCGUGGUUCCUCCCCAAAACGAAUCGUCCAACACAGCCGAUCAAACGUAUCGCCGACCAUCGCCCACCCCCUGGUCAACAUUCGCAUCGAGGAGCACGGCUGCUGCUUCUUCUUCUCCUUGGCUUCUCGAGAAGAUCUGAAAUCUGGAAUCGUACGGCGUGAAGAUAUACACGGUGAAGAAGCUGGGAAGCAUCUGGGAAGUAACCUGGGGGGACAAUCGGUAACAAACGUGCGACCUCUGGGUUAUUUGUCGGUUUUGCGAUUUUUUUGGCAUUUAUUUUUUAUAAUGCACAUGUUUCGUGAAAAAAUUAAAUUCCGUAUAUGAAAGUAGCUUUUCCAAGUUUCGCAUUUCGGUACAAAAUUCACUGGUUUUCGAGGAUCGGGUGACGAUGGUUGAGGAAAUGAGAAUGUGGAUCAAGGAAUGCGUGGAUCGGAAACCGGACAAGGAAAGGGAGAAAAAAUGUGGAAGCAGAGAUAAAAA